CCUCCGGUCGCCGCCGUUCAGCCGGGAGCGGCGCGGCGGCCAUGGGCAGGAAGGAGCGGGACAAGAAGAAGUCCAAGAAGCGGCACUACGAGGACGAGGAGGAGGAGGAGGAUGACGCUCCCGGGAAGGACUCGCAGGAGGCCGUGCCCUCGGCGGCGGGGAAGCAGGUGGAGGACAGCGGCGCCAAGCUGGACGAGUACGGCGCCAAGGACUACCGGCUGCAGAUGCCGCUGAAGGCCGACAACGCCUCGCGGCCGCUCUGGGUGGCUCCUGAUGGCCAUAUUUUCCUGGAAGCCUUUUCUCCUGUUUACAAAUAUGCACAGGAUUUUUUGGUUGCCAUUGCUGAACCUGUGUGCAGACCGACCCACAUCCACGAGUACAAACUGACUGCUUACUCCCUGUAUGCCGCUGUCAGCGUCGGCCUGCAGACCAGUGAUAUCACAGAGUACCUGCAGAAACUGAGCAAAACCGGUGUGCCAGAGGGAAUCAUUCAGUUCAUCAAGCUGUGUACUGUCAGCUAUGGGAAGGUGAAGCUGGUGCUGAAACGCAACAGGUAUUUUGUGGAAAGCACCCAUCCUGAUGUCAUUCAGCAACUCCUGCAAGACCACGUUAUUAAAGACUGUCGCCUGAGAAAUGCUGAAGGUGAAGAAACAGAGCUCAUUACAGAGACGUUCACAAGUAAAUCAGCGAUUUCCAAGUCCAGUGAGAGCAGCUUUGGUCCCUCGACAUCACAAGAAGCAGAUAUUCAAAACAAGCCGGAUGUCCCAGCUGACUUAUAUGAGUUUUAUGAGCAGAUGGACAAAGAUGAGGAGGAGGAGGAAGAAACACAGACAGUAUCUUUUGAAGUCAAGCAGGAGAUGAUUGAAGAACUCCAGAAGCGUUGUAUCCAGCUGGACUACCCAUUGCUGGCAGAAUAUGAUUUCAGAAAUGAUUCUGUGAAUCCUGAUAUUAAUAUAGAUCUGAAACCUACAGCUGUCCUCAGACCCUAUCAAGAGAAAAGCCUGAGGAAGAUGUUUGGAAAUGGGCGAGCCAGAUCUGGUGUUAUUGUCUUGCCAUGUGGUGCUGGCAAGUCUCUAGUUGGAGUGACAGCUGCGUGUACCGUGCGCAAGAGGUGCCUGGUCCUGGGUAAUUCUGCAGUGUCUGUGGAACAGUGGAAAGCGCAGUUCAAGAUGUGGUCCACCAUCGAUGACAGUCAGAUCUGUCGCUUCACCUCUGAUGCCAAAGAUAAACCCAUUGAUUGCUCUAUUGCCAUCAGCACGUAUUCCAUGUUGGGACACACAACUAAGAGAUCCUGGGAAGCAGAAAGAGUGAUGGAGUGGCUUAAAAGUCGAGAAUGGGGCCUUAUGAUACUCGAUGAAGUACAUACUAUCCCUGCAAAAAUGUUCAGACGUGUGCUCACUAUUGUACAAGCUCAUUGUAAACUGGGACUGACUGCUACCCUGGUCAGAGAAGAUGAUAAAAUUGUUGAUCUGAACUUCCUGAUUGGACCAAAGCUUUAUGAGGCCAACUGGAUGGAGCUGCAGAACAGUGGCUACAUUGCUAAAGUCCAGUGUGCCGAGGUUUGGUGCCCAAUGUCACCUGAAUUUUAUAGAGAAUACGUAGCAAUCAAAACAAAGAAACGGAUACUGCUGUACACCAUGAACCCAAAUAAGUUCAGAGCUUGCCAGUUCCUGAUUAAGUUUCAUGAGCGGCGGAAUGAUAAAAUCAUUGUUUUUGCUGACAACGUGUUUGCACUGAAGGAGUACGCAAUCAGACUUGGGAAACCAUACAUAUAUGGUCCCACUGCACAAGGAGAAAGAAUGCAAAUUCUACAAAACUUCAAGCACAAUCCAAAAAUCAACACUAUUUUCAUUUCAAAGGUGGGUGACACAUCCUUUGAUCUGCCUGAAGCCAAUGUUCUGAUUCAGAUUUCAUCCCACGGUGGAUCUCGAAGACAGGAGGCUCAAAGGCUGGGGCGAGUACUGAGAGCCAAAAAAGGCAUGGUUGCAGAGGAAUACAAUGCCUUUUUUUAUUCUCUUGUAUCCCAAGACACUCAGGAAAUGGCAUAUUCAACCAAGCGACAACGGUUUCUCGUAGAUCAAGGCUAUAGCUUCAAGGAAAAAAUGGCACCCAUGGACUUCAUUGAGGCUUGCUGAACACUUAUGGAGACUAAACAGUGGAUGUGAGCACAGUGAGGUGGUGCAUUUCAGCAGUGGUGACAGUGACGUGGAAGACAACUGAUGUUCCAGAUGGCCGUGCACAGCAGUCACACCUCAGAUUGCACAGGGUGAAAGCAAGCAGCCUCAGCUGGACUGCGCUUGAACCCAGCUGUUGAAGAUCAUUAGAGACACACGUGCAUUUUGGGACAUCUGUGUGGGUAAAACCUGUAUGAACUGCAGGUACUCUGAAUUAAACUGCUUUGUUAUCAUUGGCUCUGUUAAAGAGGAGGUCUUUCCAUCAAAACAGACGUGCCAUAGGCUUUAAAUGUAAAAGCUUUGCUUUGUAGUGAGUGUAUCUUCACAAAAUUGUAAGUCAGUCACCUGCAGGUAAUUACAACAGAUGAGUCUCUGUGGCUAUAGCCAAGAAGAUUAAAGAAAUCCCUUUUUUAUUUGCUUUUAUUUGAAUAUAAAUCUUGGAUUAUAGAGCUCAGUAAGGGGUUAAAAUAGAGGAAGAUGUUGUCCUAGGAGUUCGGACUUCAUGGGAACAAAAGUGCAAAUGGCAGCUGAAUUUCUGGAGCAGAAUUUUAGCUGACCAGUACUGGAAUGUUCUUUAUUUGAAGAUUAGUAGCAAAAUGUUAAAAUACCUGUUUUCUUCUGUUUGCUGAACUUUAAGCUUUAGACAUAGCUGGCGUUGAGCAACAGUAGGGUUGGAAGAAACUUGAAGAAACCAUCUAAUGUUUCUUCAUUACAAGCCAGAAUCAACUGUGUAUGUCAUUCCCAGCUGAUGUUUGCCUUCAUGACUAUUUCAUCUUUAGGCAAUUAUUUCAGUGCUGGUGUCUUUUCUUUUGGAAUUUUUAUUCCUGAUACCUAACAUUACUAAAAAUUUGGUACUCUCUUAGAAGGGUAACAGUAUGCAUUUUUUUUUUUCUAGGACUUUCUUCUUUUCAUCUGUCAGUAGCUCAUUUCUCUGCCUUCCAGCAGAAAGGGAAUUAUUCUAACUGUUUGCUGAAUCACACCUUUCGUCUUUGCUUCUUUUAUACAGCCUUGCCAUCACUAUUUGCUGCUUGGGGUCUAAAUUAUUUAGGAGUAGUUUGGUUAGCUAACUGAAGGUUAGUUACCAUACUGUAUAUUUUUUUUUUUUGAGGUUGAAUGCAGGAUAAAUUGCUUUUAAAUUAACAGCAGAAGAACUUAAUGUAUCAAAUAAUCUAAUUAGUUUAAACUUGGCAUCUGUUCAACAUCUUAAAAAUAUUGUGAUGCAGUGGAAAUUAUUUCUAUUUUAUGAAAUAUGCUAGCACUGUUUUGCAACAACUGUAAACAUGCUAAUGCGGUUCUUCCUGUGGUUCCAUUUUGUUUUUGACAUGAUCGUAGCACGUGCACUUUGUAAACAAGAGGAAUCGUAGAGUUCAUUUGUUUGUAUAAUAGGACAGGUUGCUUCCCUGCAUAGAUUCUUAGAAAUACACAUUUUUCAGAGAAAUGCAUUUUUCAACUUAGAAAUUGCCACUGACAGCAGUGACACUGCUGACACUUUGUUGCAGGUUGUUGUGCAGUCUCUCAGCUUAUUGUGAGUGUUCCUAAAUGUGAAUGUUAAAAUUCUUGGUGUCAGGAAAGCUAACUGAUUAUUGUUCUGAAAUACAAAGUCCUUUAGUGUAAAGUAUAUUCAUGCAAUAUAAAGCACUACUUCUUAAACUGGACAAAACCUGAAGGUACAGCAUAAAGUCAGCCUUCCAAUAAGGUUCCUGGUCAAGCUGGCAUGGAAUUUGGUAUACGUUCUCUUGUCUAGAGCUAAUGCAUUUCCAGCCUGAACAUUACAGGAGAUUGUGAGGUGGGGGAUAACUUGCACACGCACCAUAACUGGUAACAGUUCAAAAACCCCCACCUUGUAUUGUGCUCUGUU